AGAGAAACGCAAUUUAAACGCUAAACUUUGGUGAAGCUUUUGUUGGUUUGGAUGAUUAAAAAUUUCCCUUGUUGAUUGGAAAGCGUUUAAUUGUAAUCCGGUGAUGUAUUUUUCUUUCUUCUAAUUGUGUUUGAUAAUUUAAUCACUUAAUUGUAGAUAAUGUUUACUUGUUUUCUUUGUUUUCAUCAACAAGAAUGUUGAUUAACCUUUGGAGUCAAAGUAACCGCCAAAAUCUUCUGUUUCCAUUGGGAAACCAUCACAACCGUUUACACUUUCAAAUUCAAACGAUGGAUUGGAGGGAAUUGAUUGACAAAACAUUUUCUUUUUACAAUUAAUUCGAGUUAAUUUAUAAUUAAUUUAUAUUCUAACAUUAAUUCUACCUCAUCUUUACCCAUUUCAGUGUGUGAAUCUUUUCUAUCCAAUUACAUUUUGAUCACCUUUUGAUCCAAUGAAUUUGUAAAUCUUUUUCUAUCUUUCUCUCUCUCUCUAUCUGUCCACCAUUUCCCUCUUUUCUUUGUUUCAAUAUUUUCUUGAUUGUGAAAACUUGUAUUCCUAAUUUCUAUUGUAAUUAUGGGUAUUCAAGGGCUACUUCCAUUCUUGAAUUCUGCCAGCAUGAGCGUUAAUAUAAGCGAAUUAACUAAUUGUGUUGCCCUGGUUGACGUUUAUUGUUGGUUACACAAGGCUGUCUAUGGAUGCAGUGAGGAUCUUUAUCACAAAAAGGAGACCAGUUACUAUGUUGACUAUUGUUUGUAUAAAGUUGAAUCUCUUAGGAAAAUUGGUAUCAAAUGUAUCCUUGUAUUUGAUGGAUUAAACCUUCCAUCCAAGAAAGUCACCGAAGAAGCUCGAAGAAGGAAUCGUGAGAAGACAAAGGAAAGAGUUCAACAACUCAUGUUAGAGGGAAACACUCGUGAAGCGGCUGAUUUAAUGAAAAGAUGCAUCGAUGUUACUCCAGAAAUGGCCAAGAAGUUGAUUGUUGCUUGUCGUAAACAUAAGAUUGAUUAUAUUGUUGCUCCAUAUGAAGCUGAUGCUCAAAUUGGUUAUUUGAUGAAGAAAAAGAUUGGACAUUUUGUCAUAACCGAAGAUUCUGAUCUACUCCUAUUUGAAUGUGACUUUGUCUUGGUAAAAUUGGAUAAACUUGGUAAAGGUGUUCUUAUCCGACGAAGUAAAAUUCCCGAUUGUUUGGGUCCCAAAUCGAGUAAUUUUACCGUUGAAAAAUUCCGCCGUAUGUGCAUCUUAUCAGGAUGUGAUUAUCUUCAGAAUUUACCUGGUAUUGGAUUACAGAAAGCGAAAAAAUUUUUCGGAGUUACUAUGAAUGAGGAUAUGAGAAAAGCUUUACCAAAGGUUCCCUCUUAUCUUAAGAUGAAAGGAUUAAAAGUGGAUAAAGAUUAUAUCGAAGGAUUUAUUCGAGCUGAAAAUACUUUCAAAUAUCAACUUGUUUUCUGUCCAAUUGAACGUAAAUUAGUUCCUCUCAAUCCUUAUGAUGAUUCUAUUGAUCAAAAUGAUAUUGAUUAUGCUGGUAAAAAAUUUGACAAUGAACUAGCUCUUCAAUGGGCUUUAGGUAAUGUUGAUAAGAAAACAAUGAAAGUUAAUGACUAUUGGUUGCCUGAAGACUUUUAUGAUUCGAGGAAUGAGAAAGACGAUUCCAUUUGGUCAAUCAACUAUAAACCAAGAGAAAUUAAUCCCUUAGAGAUUCGUUAUGCUGGUAGAAUUGAUUUUGGUGAAUUACCGGCUACUCCUCUUACUCAAUCAAAUGUUUUCUUUUCCCAAUCUCCAUUUUCAUCACAAAAACGAUCUUCCAAUGAACCUUCACCAAGUGCCAAAAGAAUCAGUAUUGACUCCAGUUUACUUGAUACCUACAAAGAAUCAAGUCAAAAUGAUUCUAGUGAUGGUGAUAUUGUUAAAUCUCGUCACUUUUUUAGCGCUGAAAUUGAUGAUGGAAUUAAAACUAAAUCACUUGAUGAACUUAUCGAAGAGCGGGACAAAAGACGUAAACGAUUAUCUUUUUUGUGUACACUUAAAACUGAUUCAUACGAAGAAGAAGAUAAUGAUUCUUGUAGGCAGUUGAAACCUGAAAUUCCAACACCACCCAGUUCACAAUCAUCAAUCUCUUCAAGCCAAUCAUCAGUUGCUUCCUCAUUAUCUUCACCAUCUCCACAAUCAUCACAAUCUUCCCAAUCACUGCCCAAUCCGAUUGAUCUCGCUGAACCAAUUACUCGAAUCACACCGCCAUCGGAAAAGAAAUCAGAUACAAAGGGAACCAAAAAUACUACGUUAAAUUUAAUGGAAAGAUUUGCAUUCAGGAAAAAACUAUGAUUUUAUUACCUCAACAAUUUAUUUGCUGGUUAACAAUCAGAAGAUGAAACAACUAAAUUGUUAUGCCAUUAGCUCAUUUUCAAGCUAAAAUUGUGAUUCUUUUUAUACCUUAAAUUGACUUUCUAAAUACUCUUACCACUCGAUUAACAUUAAUGACAAACAUUUUCUUUUUUUACCCAAUUGUAAAAAUGUGAAAUUACAUUUGAACUAACCAAUUAUUA